AUCGACUAAAAAUACAGCUUCUAUACACAACAUCUCCAUACAUAUCGCGGCAUCCGUCCAGGAUCACAAUCGUCUCAGAGUUGGUAUCGAAACAGAACCGCAAUCAUGUCUUCCAUGCGCAACGCCAUCCAGAGGCGCAACCAUCGCGAGAGAGGCCAACCAGAAGAGCGCAAAAAGCUCGGUCUGUUAGAGAAACACAAAGUUUGUAUUCCUUAUCCCAACCAUCCAAAUUCUCAUACUAACCUCCAAUCAAGGAUUACUCCCUCCGAGCAGCAGAUCACAACCUCAAGAAACGCAAACUCAAAGCCCUCAAACAAAAAGUCCUCGAAAAGAAUCCCGAUGAGUUCUACUUUGGCAUGUUAUCCCGAAAGGGACCCGCGACGAUGGGAAAGAAUCGAACCGGCACUGUGAGCGGAGAUAGAGGGAAUGAGGCGAUGAGUGUCGAGACCGUUAGGUUAUUGAAGACUCAGGAUGUAGGUUAUGUACGGACGGCGAGGAAUACUGCUGCGAAGGAGGUGAAGGCCAUCGAGGAGAAGAUUGCGCUUAUGGAUGCGACAUCGAGGGAUGAGAUGGAUAUGGAUGACGAAGAUGAAGAAGACGAAGAAAGAUUUACGCCAAGGGGGAAGAAGACGGUGUUUGUGGAUGGGGGGGAGGAAAUGGAGUUGAGAAUUCAAGAAGCUGAGAUGGAAAUCGAAGCUGCGGAGGAUAGAGACGAAACGCUGUCGCCAGAAGAGAAGGCCCUAAGAAAAUUACAGAGGAGGGAGCGGGAGAAAUUAGAGCACAGGUUGAAAGUUGCGAAGGAGAGACUGGAUACUUUGACUCAGACAGAACAAGCCCUUGAGCUGCAAAGGGCCGGUAUGGCGAAAACAGCAACGAUUGGCGGAAUCAAUAAGUUUGGCGUCAAGUUCAAAGUCAAGGACCGAAAAAGAUGAAGGGGUUGUGGAUUUCGAAUCAGAAUUAAUCUUGGCAACCAUCUUUCUAGAAGGCAUAUUCAUUGUAACUAAGGGAUGGAGUACAAAUUGGGAGACCGUGUGGCACGGUACAGAGGAGUUUGCGGGUCAGCUUUACUCAUUUGGAACAGUCUAAAUAUUUGAGGAUUGGUGCCUGAGUCUAUAAGGUUAUACUUCAUUAACAGGC